UUUCAAAGGGCAAAAAAGAAAUGUGAUACAGAUAUAUAGCGAUAUUCUGAGACUCUGAGUCUUACAUUUCUUCAAUUUGUGAUAUAUAGAUAGGUUUCGAUCAGUCCAUUCCAUCGUAAGAUUGAGGAGUUUCUUCACUCACUCUGUAAUCAGAAUAGCAAUGUCGCACAUAACUGUAUGCGCACGAUUCAGACCUCUAAAUUCUAGAGAGAGAAGAGAUCAUGGCGAUGCCAUCUGCAUUCAAACCCUAGAUCCUGAAACUUUCAAUUUGAAGGAUGAGAAAGAAGAAGAGUUUACAUUCAGCUUUGAUAGGGCGUUCUAUCAGGAAUCAGAGCAAGUCGAUGUCUAUGAAUUUCUUGCUCGGCCGAUUGUUCGAGACGCUGCUAAUGGAAUAAAUGGGACAAUUCUUACAUACGGACAGACAGGAGCAGGGAAGACAUAUAGCAUGGAGGGUCCCGGCAUCCUAUGUUGUGAUGAGCAGAAGAAAGGAUUACUGCCGAGAGUAGUGGAUGGGCUUUUUGAGGCUACUAAAGUUUCUGAAGAAACAUCCAAAUACGUGAUCAAAUUGUCCAUGGUGGAAAUCUAUAUGGAGAAAGUAAGGGACCUUUUUGAUUUAUCAAAGGACAACAUACAGAUUAAGGAGAGGAAAGCCCAAGGAAUAUUGUUGUCUGGAGUGACAGAGAUCACUGUAUUGGACCCUGCAGAAGCAUUUAAAAGCCUAUCUAGUGGAAUAGCUAACAGAGCAGUUGGAGAGACCCAAAUGAAUAUGGCCAGUAGUAGAAGUCAUUGUGUUUACAUAUUCACAGUUCAGCAGGAUUUAACAACUGAUAAUAGGGCGAAAGUUGGUAAGUUGAUUCUUGUGGACUUGGCGGGGUCUGAGAAAGUUGAGAAGACAGGAGCUGAAGGGAGAGUUCUUGAAGAAGCCAAGACCAUCAACAAGUCACUUUCAGCCCUCGGGAAUGUAAUAAAUGCUUUGACCUGUGGUACUCCAGGCAAAGCAAAUCACAUUCCAUAUCGUGAUUCUAAGCUUACUCGCAUUCUACAAGAUGCUCUUGGAGGGAACUCCCAAACUGCAUUACUGUGCUGUUGCUCUCCGAGCUCUUCAAAUGCAUCAGAAAGCCUAUCCACUCUUCGCUUUGGUGCAAGAGCAAAGCAUAUAAAGGCAUCACCUCGUGUCAAUUGCAAGGAAGAUAAUAAAUGCACCAAGAUGCAAGGAGUGACCUCUCUGACUAAAAAUGAGUCUUGUGAGAGAAUUUUAUCCAAGCUGAGGGAGAAACUGGAUAUCGAAGAUGUGAAGUUACUUGAGGAAUUGUUUAUAUUGGAGGGUAUUUUCUUUGAUCCCAGUUUGGUGGAAAACUUGGAAUCAGCUUACGAGGAUGUUACCAUACGGACAAUUGCCUCAUUGCAACAAGCUGUGGAAGAGCUUGUCAUCACUGUUGAAGAGUUUAAGAGAGAGAACAAAGUUCUGAAGGAGAAACUGGAAGCUGUUGAAAUAUCCGACAGACUUCACAAAGAAGCUGGAGAAAAUGUAAGCUUUUUGCAUAGGAUUUCAGAAAUUGGUUUCUUCAUCCCCUGGCUUGGAUCAUUUUUCAUGUCAAGAGGGUGAAAAGAGAACUGUUCAACCACAAUAAUUUCGUUCUGUAGUUCUAACCCUACAUGACAGAAUCGCAUUAUUGUUCAUGAUUAGAGGGGGGAAAAAAAAAAAAAAAACUGAAUAAAACUAAAGAAAAUGAGAUACAAAUUCUGUAAGUAAUAUGUAUAGAUACUAUUCCACUGUCCAUCUACAUUGCUCCAUUAGUAGGUCAUCUCUUGAAUUCUGCAUCAUUUGAUCCAAUGGUCAAUUGAAGUCAUUGAGCACAUUUAGUGGUUCUAUGCUGGUUGCCCUGAAUGAUAUUAAUGUGCAUCAUUUUGCUUCUAGGAAUUGUGAUUGAUGAUCAUAUGAUGAUAUGAAUAAUUUAAUAGCACAAGCUUUUACAGUUUCAUUCCAGUUAAUAGACAAGGAAGGGUAUGGAAGGACUAGACUCAUCAACUAUACAUCUUCAUAUGAUGACUUUUGAUGCAAAAAUUUGAGAUUUCAAAGUUCAUAUUUUGUGGCCUUUUGUGUUAGCAUCUAUAUGCAUAGACUGCAACCAGGUGGUUUGUUCUUGUUUGUGAACUAAGCAAUAUCUACUGUUCCAGAGUUCAUAUGAACGAGCUGAAAAUGAGGUAAGCGGACCUACAAGAGUGUAAAAAUGUAUUACAAAGAAACCCGAACAUUAGUUUUGAUUGGAUUGGGUCACCAAGCGUCAGAUGGUCUAGGACUAUCUAAUAAUUUCUCGAAAAUGAAUAGGCUUGUUUUUCUGAGUUCAUUGAGUUUGGCUCUAAAAUAACUUGUGUAAAACAGGUGUACAUUACUCAUCAUGAUGAUGGUAAUUUAAGUUUUUGUCUGUAACCUCGACUUUCUUUGUACUAUAAUCUCGUGAUGUUGGUAAUGAAAUCUUUUGUUUGCAAUCUCAAUCAAUAAUGGGCUUUCAAUUAUUGUCAUUCCAAAAAUGAUAGGGGGUAUGGAUUCCCAUUUGGAAAUAAUUUUUUUCCAACUCGUUGCAUAAUCGAUGAUCAUAUCUGCUAUAUGUCACAUGAAUACUGCAUAUGACAGCAGCUGCUUAACAACUGUUUGUUUGUUUUUAAUCAGUUAGCUGCUACCUGGGCAUCUUGUCCUGUCGUGUCCACUGCUUGAAAGCUCUAGUAAUUUGGCCCACAAAAUUGACCUUGCUUACUCAUUCCAGUUCGCUCUUGUGAUCAAUUGGUAAAAACUUGUGGAAACUAGGCCCAAAUGUUCUUUAUUUAUAUAUAUUUUUUGUGUGAUAGUGGUGUCGAGCUUCUUAAAGCACUCCUGUAAUCUCUUCUGUCUCACAUGUACCGAAAAAAUAUAUUUGGAAAGACCUCGUGGAAAAAAAAAUAUUUGGUGUGACCUCGUGGUGGUUCGAUUCGACCCGGAUGCUGUUGAAAUAAUUUUGGAAUGGGCUUUUCUGCAUUGGGAUUUAGUUGUCAUUUUUCCAAAUGGAAAGGGCAUUGAUGGUAUUCCAGAAAUUUUUGGAGUAAUGCACCUCUUUUCCUAGAUAUGCAAAACAAGCCUCGGGUUUGCCAUCCUUGAAAGCAAUGUCCAAUAUUUGCUUGGAAAAUGGAUUUCAGAUUUGGUCCCUUUUGUCUUUUAGAUUUCAAAUAUUUUUUAAUAUUCCCAACUUACCCAUCGACUUUACUUUUAAACCCAAACAUGUCCCCCCUCUCUCUCUCAUACACACACAUACAUUUAUUCUUCUAAUUAAUUGACUUGUUGCAGAAACUAGUAAGAAACAUGCUUUGAUUGAUUAAAGCAAAUGUGCCCCCUCUCAGUCCACUUCAACAUAGUAGAUCAGUGUUAAU